GCGGGGCGGGCUCGUGCGGUGGCGGCGGCGGGAGAGGGAGCGCGCGCGCCAUGGGGGCGGCGGAGCCCGACCUCUACCGGGACACGUGGGUCCGGUACCUGGGUUAUGCCAAUGAGGUGGGUGAAUCCUUCCGCCCACUGGUGCCGGUGCCGGUGGUGUGGGCCAGCUACGGCGUGGCCACCGCGUACGUGACCGCCGAUGCCAUCGACAAGGGCCGCAAAGCUGCCACCGCACACGUGCAGGACCCAGCGCAGGCCACGCGGGUCGGGGUGGCCGUGGUGGACACAUUCAUCUGGCAGAGCCUGGCCUCGGUGGCCAUCCCCGGCUUCACCAUCAACCGGCUCUGUGCCGCCUCGCUGGCCCUGCUGGGCACCCUCACCCGCUGGCCACUGCCCCUGCGCCGCUGGGCCACCACCGCCCUGGGGCUGGCCACCAUCCCCGUCAUCAUCACCCCCAUCGACAGGACCGUGGACUUCCUGAUGGACUCCAGCCUCCGCAAGCUCUAUGGGGCACCCGGAGAGCCCCCGGCCCCGCACUGAGCCCCCCCCGGGGACACUGAACCUGAUCUUGGGGUGCUGAGACCCACAACUGUGAACCCCCCUCCCCUGAUCCCACACCCGGUGACGGCUCCGGGGCUGGUCCUAAUAAACCAUUUCAAGGCUGA